UUAGUUGACAUUAUAUUUGAUACAAUAUUUUGAUAAUUUGAAUAUAAUUUGAAAUAAUUGUCUAAAUUGUGUCACAAAAUGUUGUCUCAAAUGCUUUGCGAUCAUCAGAUCAGACAAAACAAGAAACGACAAGAAAUCGACACCAAAAGGUCAGAAGCCAUCAACAGUUGUGUCGAUUUGACGGCAAAUCUGGUCAACCAUUUGAAUGAUGGAGUGGCUCAGACUUAUAUAAAUCAAAGACGAUUGGACUCGGAGUCCAAACAAUUGGUACAAAAUGUGACACAAUUUGAGCGAUCGGUUAAUCAAUGGCUGCAUUUGAUGAACAACUUUAACAAAGCGGUCAAAGAGUUGGGUGACGUCCAGAAUUGGGCCAAAGCUAUUGAACACGACAUGAGAACUGUGUCUUCAGCACUGGAAUACACAUACAAGUGUCACAAAUGAUCAUUUGGUUAAUUGGUGUCUCCAGUCAUACAAAACAAUGUUAAUGACAAUUCAAUUAUCAUAUUUGUUAUUAAUAUAUAAUUUUUAAAUU